CUCACCUUCGAGUAUGGAAUUGACUACAAAGCAAAGAAGGAGCUCCUUAUUCCUCUUGGCCCUCUCCCCGCCGGCAGUUUCCGCAAUGGAUUCACUGUGCGUGACUGGGGAAACAGGAAAAGCUAUACCAGCGACGGAACAACUUGCACCGAGACUCCCAUGUACUACCCUGAGGCAUUCCAGCAAUGUAUCCCCAAGCGGGCUCAAGUCGUGGCCGAGGCUAACUUCGGACCUAAGAACGGAGGAAUCUUCUACAAGGCUUACAGAUAUUCCGUUGGCCCCCACAUUAUCUCCAUGGCUGUGACCGAUGGAUGCCUGCCAAUCAACUCCAGGUACAGUGGCCCCGCCGCGCCAAAGGCUGAAACAGGUGUGUACAUGAACGUCAGCGCCGCUUCCCACAUUGACUUUUCUGUCGUCGACCUCAGUGGCUGCAACUAAGCGCUGCCCAUCGUCGAUUACCUUCCCACAUUGACCGGACACGACUUCUUUGGACCUGAUAUGAUGAACAGGAUUUAGCUAUCAUUUUAAAGACAUAAAACAAAUGCAUGAAUAAAAUAGAAGUAGAUUAUUAA